GGGGAACCUCCUCAAUGAGCCCGAUUGGCGCGGGGAGCGCGCCGCGCUGCCGGGGCCGCUCCGCACCGACCGCCGCUCCGCACCCUCCGCACCCGCCAUGAUCGCAUCGCACCUCCUCGCUUACUUCUUCACCGAGCUCAACCAUGACCAGGCGCAGAAGAUCGACAAGUACCUGUACCACAUGCGGCUCUCCGAUGAGACCCUCAUGGAGGUGUCCCAACGUUUCGAGAAGGAGAUGGAGAAGGGCUUGGGAGCAGAGACCAACCCCACCGCCUCGGUGAAGAUGCUGCCCACCUUUGUCAGGUCCACCCCAGAUGGGACAGAGGAUGGGGAUUUCYUGGCACUGGACCUGGGUGGCACCAACUUCCGAGUGCUGCGGGURAAGGUGUCAGACAACGGGCUGCAGAAGGUGGAGAUGGAGAACCAGAUCUACGCCAUCCCCGAGGAGCUGAUGCGUGGCAGUGGGGUGCAGCUCUUUGACCACAUUGCCGAGUGUUUGGCCAACUUCAUGGACAAGCUGCAAAUCAAAGACAAGAAACUCCCCCUUGGCUUCACCUUCUCCUUCCCGUGUCAUCAGACCAAGCUGGAUGAGAGCAUCCUGGUGACGUGGACGAAGGGUUUUAAGUGCAGCAGCGUGGAGGGGAGGGACGUGGUGUCAAUGCUGCGCAAGUCCAUCAAGAAAAGAGGGGACUUUGACAUCGACAUCGUGGCCGUGGUGAAUGACACCGUGGGGACCAUGAUGACCUGUGGCUACGAUGACCACAACUGUGAAGUUGGCCUCAUUGUUGGUACCGGCACCAAUGCCUGCUACAUGGAGGAGAUGAGGCACAUUGACYUGGUGGAAGGGGACGAAGGUCGGAUGUGCAUCAACAUGGARUGGGGGGCCUUCGGUGACGACGGGGUGCUCAACGACAUCCGCACCGAGUUCGACCGUGAGAUCGACAUGGGCUCGCUCAACCCUGGCAAACAAUUGUUUGAGAAGAUGAUCAGCGGGAUGUACAUGGGGGAGCUGGUCAGACUCAUCCUGGUGAAGAUGGCCAAGGAAGGGCUGUUGUUUGGGGGAAGGCUCACACCGGACCUGCUUACCACUGGCCACUUUGAGACCAGAUUUGUUUCUGCCAUAGAGAAGGAGAAGGAAGGGCUGCAGAAAGCCCACGAGAUCCUGAGCAAGCUGGGCCUGGAGCCAUCGCACGAGGACUGCGUGGCCACGCUGCGCAUCUGCCAGAUCGUGUCGACGCGCUCGGCCAGCCUGUGCGGGGCCACGCUGGCCGCCGUGCUGCGCCGCAUCAAGGACAACAAGGGAGUGGAGAGGCUGCGCUCCACUGUCGGCGUGGAUGGCUCUGUCUACAAGAAACACCCCCACUUUGCCCGUCGCCUCCACAAGACCGUGCGGAAGCUGCUGCCCGACUGCGAGAUCCGCUUCAUCCGCUCCGAGGAUGGCAGYGGCAAGGGGGCAGCCAUGGUGACAGCCGUGGCCUACAGGCUGGCUGCACAGCACCAGGCUCGGCAGAAAAUCCUGGAGCCCCUCAARCUGAGCCACGAGCAGCUGCUGGAAGUGAAGGCAAGGAUGAGGACAGAGAUGGAGAAAGGGUUGGGCAAGGAGACGCACGCGGAGGCCACGGUGAAAAUGCUGCCCACCUACGUGUGCUCYACUCCCGAUGGAACAGAAAAGGGAGAUUUCCUYGCCCUGGACCUGGGAGGAACCAAYUUCCGCGUGCUGYUGGUGCGCGUCAGGAACGGGAUGCGGCGCGGGGUGGAGAUGCACAACAAGAUCUACUCCAUCCCUGUGGAGAUCAUGCAGGGCACAGGAGAAGAGCUCUUUGACCACAUUGUCCACUGCAUCUCGGACUUCUUGGAGUACAUGGGAAUGAAGGGCGUGUCGCUCCCGCUGGGAUUCACCUUCUCCUUUCCUUGCCAGCAGAACAACCUGGAUGAGGGAAUUCUCCUCAAGUGGACAAAAGGUUUCAAGGCGACGGGCUGCGAGGGAGAGGAUGUGGUGGGGCUGCUGAAGGAGGCCAUUCACAGGAGAGAGGAAUUUGACCUGGAUGUGGUGGCGGUGGUCAAUGACACGGUUGGCACCAUGAUGACCUGUGGCUACGAGGAUCCCUACUGUGAAGUUGGGCUGAUUGUUGGCACGGGCAGCAACGCCUGCUACAUGGAGGAGAUGAGGAAUGUGGAGCUGGUGGAAGGGGACGAGGGCAGGAUGUGUGUCAACAUGGAGUGGGGGGCCUUCGGGGACAGCGGGUGCCUGGAUGACAUCCGAACGGAGUUCGACCGGGCYGUGGAUGAGCUGUCCCUCAACCCCGGCAAGCAGAGGUUUGAGAAGAUGAUCAGUGGGAUGUACCUGGGCGAGAUCGUCCGCAACAUCCUGAUGGAUUUCACCAAGCGAGGGCUGCUCUUCCGGGGACGGAUCUCAGAGAGGCUGAAGACCAGAGGGAUCUUUGAGACCAAGUUCCUGUCCCAGAUAGAGAGCGAYUGCCUGGCCCUGCUCCAGGUGCGCUCCAUCCUGCAGCACCUGGGCCUGGAGUCCACGUGUGACGACAGCAUCAUYGUCAAGGAGGUGUGCACGGUGGUGGCGCGGCGCGCGGCCCAGCUCUGCGGCGCCGGCAUGGCCGCCGUGGUGGACAAGAUCCGCGAGAACCGCGGGCUGGACUUCCUCAAGAUCACCGUGGGCGUGGAUGGGACUCUCUACAAGCUCCACCCGCACUUCUCCACCGUCAUGCACGAGACAGUGAAGCAGUUGUCCCCCAAGUGCGAAGUGACCUUCCUGCAGUCGGAGGACGGCAGCGGCAAAGGCGCCGCGCUCAUCACGGCCGUGGCCUGCCGCAUCCGCGAGGCCGGCCAGCGGUAGAGGGAAGGAGGUUUGCCCAAGAGCUUGGUUUCAGCAAAACARGACAUUUCCUCACCCGCUCCCUCUGUCCCUCCGUGCACACACUCACACACCCAURCAACCCCUCUCCUCCAAGCAGACUCGUAGCUUUACUUGUUCUCUGAGGCGCCACGGCAGGACUGGAGACACCGUGGGCUCUGUACGAAGUGUUGUCGUAGGAGUUUCCUUGCAUGCCAUAAAACCGCCUGUCGAGUAAAGCUCACAGUGUCUUUUGGCUUCUCCCUGCAUUUCCAGGUGGAGCUGGAGCUGUCCCACCUGCAGCCUCCGUCACUCUCCAGCUCUCCUUCCACCGCUCCGAACCACUCACCCUCCCCUAACAGCCAUAGGGAUAACGCUCGGAUAAUUGAGACACUGCAUUGUCACUUUAACAGUACCUGUUUAUGUGUGUCGGAGUYGUAGCUGUCCGUGCUGUAGAAGCAAACCUCUAAGAUUGGGCUAAAGACCUCCACUAGUCUUUUACCCUGAUCAAGGCUGUAUUAUUUCCAUGAAAGUCAUGGUAACUCUUAAAGCACAGGGUGCAGAAUUCCAACGGCGUGGCCGCGGCUGCACUGGAGGUACCGCGUAUCUCCCUCGGUGAGCAAUACUAGAGAAGCUGCUGGAGCCGGCUCAGGGGACCCUCGGCUGGCUCUGGCAGAGCAUGUGCCUGGAAAUAAUUGGGGACUCAGGGUCUAAUCCCAUUUCCCGACCUCUCCCACACACCCUGAGUAGCAUGUAGGAACGUGGCGUGUAUGUAGGGUCGUGUUUCACCCCUGGACACCACUCCCCCCUUCCCUGGUGCAUGUGUGGGCACAAGUAGCCACUGCCACGGGCCGGUGUGUCCCCUGCCAAGCCCCAAACUCGUGGCCGUGUGUCUGCCCUCGGCGUGGAGAGUCUGGUUUGCUUUGUGUCUGUGAAAUAGUUCUGUGGCUGCAGCCUUUAGGUGGCACCUGGAUUUAUACACUGUAUAUUUAUGUUUUAAGAGAUCUGAUGUCUUUUUAUGUACAUAGUCUCGGGGGGGGGCUGUAUCACUUAGUUUUAACGUCACCUUUUCAUGUUGUUAAAGAACAGUACAGAGUAAAUUUUUUUUCUUUUUCUUUUUUUUUUUUAAUUUAAAAUUUUCUUG